CACCCCAGCCCAGCUUCCACCUUCUUCCCCUGAAUCACCUUUUGGGACUUUGGAGUUGGAUACCAUGGGAACCCCAAGUGAUCAGGCUGUUUUGCAGGCUAUCUUCAACCCUAACACCCCAUUUGGAGAUGUCCUUGGGGUGGACCUAGGAGAGGGAGCAGAGCAGGACGAAGAUGAAGAUGCAGUUUUCCCUCAAGCACAGCUGGAGCGGUGCAAGGCGCUGGAGCUGCAGGGGGUGAUGGCAGCAGAGGCUGGGGACCUCAGCACAGCCCUGGAGAGCUUUGGCCAGGCCAUCGGCCUGCUUCCGGAGAGAGCUUCAGCGUACAACAACAGGGCCCAGGCCCGGCGGCUCCAGGGGGAUGUGGCAGGCGCCCUGGAGGACCUGGAGCGCGCCGUGGCGCUGAGCGGAGGCCGCGGCCGCGCCGCCCGCCAAGGCUUCGUGCAGCGCGGGCUCCUGGCGCGGCUGCAGGGCCGGGACGACGACGCCCGCAGGGACUUCGAGCGCGCGGCGCGGCUGGGCAGCCCCUUCGCGCGGCGCCAGCUGGUGCUGCUCAACCCGUACGCCGCGCUGUGCAACCGCAUGCUGGCAGACAUGAUGGGGCAGCUGCGCGGCCCGCACAACGGCCGCUGAGGCGCGGGCGGGGCUCGACCAAUAAAGCUGCGAAGC